AAAUUGACAUAAUUUGAAUCCAAAUGACUGUGAUCUUGCUACAAUGUCUGUUGGCGUGGCCCUCUUUCUUCUUUCUCCUGAGCCAAUUCCCAAAACUCUCAACUUGCGCUUAUAUUCCCCUUCCCCUAGCCGGCGUCUUCAACUCUCGCCCGUAUGCGUCUCUUAUUCGACGCUACCGUUUGCCAAAGACAGAGCUUCUGACGCCGGCGAUGUCCGCCGAAUGUUGGAGGAUUUUGAUCCGACGAUACCUCUUCCAGAAGCCCUAACGCCUCCCAGCUCCUGGUAUACUGAUCCCUCAUUCUUCGCCCUCGAGUUUGAGCGCGUCUUCUUUCGAGGAUGGCAAGUCGUAGGUUACAUUGAACAGGUCAAGAGUCCUAAUGACUUUUUCACUGGAAGAUUGGGGAAUGUGGAAUUUGUGGUUUGUCGGGAUGCAAGUGGAGAACUUCAUGCUUUUCACAAUGUCUGUCGCCACCAUGCAUCAAUCCUUGCAUCUGGGAGUGGGCAAAGGUCCUGCUUUGAGUGCCCUUAUCAUGGAUGGACCUACGGGUUAGAUGGACAGCUCUUGAGGGCUACUCGUAUUACGGGAAUCAAGAACUUCAAUAAAAAUGAUUUUGGCCUAUUGCCACUAAAUGUGGCUUCUUGGGGACCAUUUGUGCUGAUCAAUGUGGAUAAAAAUAUGCCCAUAAAACAAAAAGUUUCAAGUGAGGUAGUGGGAAAUGAUUGGCUUGGAAGCGCUUCACAGAUUUUGAGUGCCAAUGGGAUUGACACGUCCCUUGAAUAUGUUUGUAGAAGGAAAUACACUAUUGAAUGCAACUGGAAGGUCUUCUGUGACAAUUACUUGGAUGGGGGCUAUCAUGUCGUAUAUGCACAUGGAGGUCUUGCAUCUGGCCUUAAGCUCGACUCCUACACUACUCGUAUUUAUGAGAAGGUUAGCAUCCAAAGUUGUGAAAGUGCUCCAGCCGAAAGCAAUGACCUUGACAGACUUGGGUCAAAAGCAUUAUAUGCGUUUGUAUACCCAAACUUUAUGAUCAAUAGGUAUGGUCCAUGGAUGGACACAAAUUUAGCUCUCCCGCUGGGACCAAAUAAAUGUCAAGUGAUUUUUGACUAUUUCCUUGAUUCUUCCAUGUUGAGUGAUGAAGAGUUCAUUGAGAGAAGCUUAAAGGAGAGUGAAACUGUUCAGAUGGAAGACAUUGCACUGUGUGAAGGAGUACAGAAAGGCUUGGAAUCACCUGCUUAUUGUAGUGGGAGGUAUGCACCUUCGAUUGAGAUGGCCAUGCACCACUUCCACUGUCUUCACCAUGCAUGCCUUCGCGAUGAAUGAUUUAUUUUGACCCCUGUAUUUGGAGAAAUUAUUCUGUGCAGAGGCCGGAUGCAGAAUGCCGUUCAGAAACCAAUCAGAAUGCAUCACGUCAGUCAUACCGAGCAAUUUUUAGCGAAGGGGUGAAAUGACGCAUUCUAAUUAGUAUCCGGACGGCGUUCGACGUCCGCACAUAAUAAUGAAUCUUUUAUUUGUGCUUAAUCACUGUUGUUUUUAGUCGUAGACCAUUGAUUGCACCAAGUACUCAACUUCUGUACCAAAUGGUUGUAUACAUUAUUUCUGAUUUGUGCUCGAGGGCAUUAACUAGUACAUAAAGAUCCUGCUAAUGUUAAGGUUGAACAAGGAUUGAUGCAGGUAGCUUUAAUA